CACAGCGUGAGUGUGAGCUUGACAUGCAAACACCAGGCAGAGAUUUUAACCAUCAAAGUGGUCACAACUUCUCAGUAGACAUGGUGGACACCCAGCAGCUCCUAGCCUGGCCUGUUGGUUUCAGUCUGAGCGCCGUGGACCUCUCGGAGCUGGACGACAGCUCCCACUCCCUCGACAUGAAGCAUUUGUCCACAUUAGACUACGCCUCCAUCUCCUCCACCUCCAUCCCUUCCUCCCUGUCUCCCCCACUUGUAUCCUCCAUCUCUUCCGUUGGCGUGGCCUACGACCCCAGUCCACCGCAGAGCGAAGAACACCUGACCAACAUGGACUACACGAACAUGCAUAGCUACAGGACGGAGCCAAACACGCACAAUUUAAUCAAGCUGGAGCCGGAGUCGCCACCUCAGUACUCUGACAGUCCCGUGUUCUCCAAGCUCCAGGACGAUACGGCAGCGGCAUCACUAAACAUCGAGUGUCGCGUGUGUGGGGACAAAGCCUCAGGGUUUCACUAUGGCGUCCAUGCCUGUGAAGGCUGUAAGGGUUUCUUCAGACGCACAAUCAGACUAAAGCUGGUGUACGACCACUGCGACCUUCACUGUCGUAUUCACAAGAAGUCCCGCAACAAAUGCCAAUACUGUCGCUUCCAGAAGUGCCUCAAUGUCGGCAUGUCACACAACGCUAUUCGCUUUGGCCGAAUGCCCCAGGCGGAGAAGGAGAAGCUGCUGGCUGAGUUCUCGUCCGACAUGGAGCACAUGCACCCGGAGGCAGCAGAUCUGAGGGCUCUGUCCCGGCAUCUGUACGAGGCCUAUCUGAAAUACUUCCCCCUCACCAAGGCCAAGGCCAGGGCCAUCCUCUCUGGGAAGACUGGAGACAACGCGCCUUUUGUCAUCCAUGAUAUGAAGUCUCUAAUGGAAGGAGAGCAGUUUAUUAACUGCAGGCAGAUACCCAUCCAGGAGCACCAGCAGCAGACCUCUGCCCUCACAGCUGGACACGGAGGGGUCACAGGAGUUCACAUGGGGACAGAGUGUGGUGUUUUCGGAAUGACCAACAUCAGCGGACAGGGACCAACGGACGCUGUGGAGCUACGUUUCUUCCACAGCUGUCAGUCGCGCUCGGCUGAAGCAGUGAGAGAAGUGACAGAGUUCGCCAAGAGUAUCCCGGGGUUCAUUGAUCUGGAUCUAAAUGAUCAGGUCACCUUGUUGAAGUAUGGUGUGAUAGAGGUCUUGAUCAUCAUGAUGGCACCUCUGAUGAACAAAGACGGGACACUGAUCUCCUAUGGACAGAUCUUCAUGACGCGAGAGUUCCUCAAGAGUCUCAGGAAACCUUUCUGUCAAAUGAUGGAACCAAAGUUUGAGUUCUCUGUUAAGUUCAACACGCUGGAGCUGGACGACAGCGACAUGGCGCUGUUUCUGGCUGUCAUUAUCCUCAGCGGGGACCGUCCAGGCCUCCUGAAUGUGAAGCCCAUCGAGCAGCUUCAGGAGACAGUGCUUCAUUCGCUGGAGCUGCAGCUGAAGCUAAACCACCCAGACUCUCUGCAGCUGUUUGCCAAGCUGCUCCAGAAGAUGACAGACCUGCGUCAGAUCGUCACGGACCACGUCCACCUCAUCCAGCUGCUGAAGAAGACCGAGGUGGACAUGUGCUUACACCCACUCCUGCAGGAGAUCAUGAAGGACUUGUAUUAGAACUUAACAGGAGAAGAGGAGAAAAAAAAGUGGGAAGAGAAAUAAAAUAGAAAGUAAAAAGAUUUUAUUUUUAAAAUCAUGAGUUGAGAUUAAGCACUUUGUGCUCCUGGUGUGUUGAAACAAGUGAUGCAGCCAGACAGACAGGCUGACUGACUGACUGACUGACUGACUGACUGAAACAGAGAAAGAGAUGGGGGGAGAACAGGAAAAAGAGAAAUCAAGGAAAGAGACAGAAUCUGAGUUUUAGAUCUUGUCUAGACAGCAGCAUGUGAAUAACUUGUGGUGCACAGUCAUUUAGCCACUGCUGAGCCUGGACAUUUCGCUAUGAGUAGGCUGCCAACUUAAAUACGAAACUAUUGCACCAAUCAGGAUGAGUAUCUGAGUAACUGAAAGAGUGGGGACUUUCUUAUUGGCAAGCUCAAGCAUCAAAUUGUGAAUGCUCAACACAGCCUGCUUCAAGUGCCUUAAGGAGAAAUGUAUCACUGUGAAUAUUGUACACCUCAUGUCACACAGUACAGUAUGUGUUGUUCAUGUGCAGCUUAUCUUCAUGUUGCGUUACAACCGUCUUAGACAGCAGCAGCAGUGGGUACGUGCUUCAGUACCUCUGCGAACACGCACAAAUGCGUGAAUGCUCACGCACACACAAACACACACACACACACACACACACACAAACAAUGCACAGACAGUUGUUUUCGAUGUUUGCAUCGGGGUGAAGGUGCUAUCUCUUUUUAAUCAGCUUUAUCCAAAGAUAGAAAUCAGAUUGUGGCCUGUAACAUAUUUUAGUCUCCGUCACCUGUAACAAACUGUGAGAAAGUAUGAAGCCAACUAAGGGCACAUUACCGCGAUGAUGUCAGCUCUUACAUGCAAUAUUGUGCCUUUAAGAUUUGAUGUUCGACUUUAUUGUGAAAUGAAUGCCGUUUAACAACAUAUUAUAUAUAUUAUACACGUAUAAUGUAUAAUAUAUAUACAGUCCCUUGUAUUAUUUUCAUAUGGAUGUCUGUCAAAAACAAUUGGAUUCUCAGCCGUAGUUGUUUUAUUUCAAAUUCUGAAAAAAAUGGUUGAGCUAUAAUUUUUACAAUGAAAUUAUGUUGUAUCUAUGCAAAGUGUAAAC